AUGGUGUUCCGACCAUCGUAUGCCGAACUUAGGAACUUCAGUGAAUAUGUCAAAUACAUGGAGAGUUGUGGUGCCCAUCAUGGAGGGAUCGCAAAAAUUAUCCCUCCGCGAGAAUGGAAACCAAGGAAAAAGGGUUACGGCAUUAGUAACAUGCACUUGAAAUUGCAGAAUCCCAUUCAACAAUAUGUUACAGGAAGAGCAGGUGUAUACAAGUUAUUUCAUGUUAGCCAAAAACCAGUGUCAGUUACAGAUUACAGUGAAAUGGCGAAGAGUGCAAAAUAUAAGCCCCCUAAAAGAGAUUUAACACAAGCUUUUUGGAAAAACAUU